AUGGGUAAAGGUAAAAACAAGGGGAGCGAAGACAGGGCUCCAAGAACUCAAAAACCACUGGUGAAAAAGCAUAAAAGAGCUGAAACUAAACAUCAUGGAACCAAUGAUAAAUUCCACACAAAGCUAGCUAUGUGGGUAAGUGUUGUGUGUCCAAAUGAUUUGGAAAUCGUUGAGCAAAAUGGUGCAGCUGUGGUUGAAUGUUCAUGGGCUAGAUUGGAGGAAGUCCCUUUCAAUAAGAUUGGUGGUAAAUAUGAAAGAUUACUUCCUUAUCUUGUUGCUGCUAAUCAAGUGAACUACGGUAGACCUUGGAAAUUGAAUUGCGUGGAAGCUUUAGCUGCAUGCUUCGCUAUUGUUGGACAUACAGAUUGGGCUGCUGAUCUAUUAGACAAUUUCUCAUGGGGUUCAGCCUUUCUUGAAAUCAACAAAGAACUUCUAGAGUUAUAUCAACAAUGUACAGAUUCUGAAAGUGUACAAAAAGUGCAAGAUGAGUGGUUAUUGAAAAUAGAGAAAGAAGUUGAAGAACGUAAAAAUCAUGGUAAUGCUGAAGAUAUUUGGUUACAAGGGAAUACAAACCGUGGUGGAGAUAAACUUCCUUCAUUUUCAGAUGAAGAAGAUGAAGAGGAAUUUGAAGAAGAAGACGACGAUGAAGAAGUCGAGUAUGAUAAUUUGGGAAAUGUGAUACCGAAAAAUGGUAAAAACUUGGAAGACCAAUUUGAUGAAGUGGAUGAAGAUGAUUAUAGUGAAGAAGAAGAAGAAGAAGAAGACGAUGAAGACAACAUUGCUGAUAACAUCAACUUACAAUCUUUGAAGGUUUAA